AUGUCGCAGACAGUCUCUAAGACUAAUCAAAAACCACAAAGCACCGGAAACCUGACGGUUUUAAGUAGAGAAGAAAUCGAAACCAAGACUUUCACUCUUGAACCAUUUUACUGCAAAACACCAUACUUUGAUGCUUCCCCAGCUCUUUUCUGUCAUCUCUCAACAGUCUUAAAAUCACUGUGUUUGCAGGUUCAAUUUCAGAAGCUUCAGCAACUGCGCCUGACCCAGUACCAUGGAGGAUCCUUACCAAAUGUGAGCCAGCUGCGUAGCAGUGUAUCAGAGUUCCAGCCUUCAUUUCAUCAAGCCGAUAGUGUGCGGGGAACCCGCCAUCACGGGCUGGUGGAGAGGCCAUCCAGGACCCGCUUCCACCCCCUUCACCGAAGAUCUGGGGACAAGCCUGGACGGCAAUUCGACGGUAGUGCUUUUGGAGCCAGUUAUUCCUCACAGCCCCUGGAUGAGAGUUGGCCAAGGCAGCAUUCUCCUUGGAAAGAAGAAAAGCAUCCUGGGUUCAGGUUGACAUCUGCACUUAACAGGACCAAUUCUGAUUCUGCUCUUCACACCAGUGCUCUGAGCACCAAGCCCCAGGACCCCUAUGGAGGAGGGGGCCAGUCGGCCUGGCCGGCCCCAUACAUGGGUUUCUGUGAUGGUGAGAACAACGGACAUGGGGAAGUGGUUUCUUUUCCUGGCCCAUUGAAAGAAGAGAAUCUGUUACCUGUCCCCAAGCCACUGCCAAAACAACUGUGGGAGACCAAGGAGAUUCAGUCUCUGUCGGGGCGCCCUCGAUCAUGCGAUGUCGCAGGUGGCAACACUUUUCCACACAACGGUCAAAACAUAGGCCUCUCGCCCUUCCUGGGGGCCCUGAACACUGGGGGGUCACUGCCAGAUCUGACCAACCUCCACUACUCAGCGCCCCUGCCAGCCUCCCUGGACGCUGCUGACCAUGUCUUCGGCAGUAUGAGUGUGGGGAGCAGUAUGGGCAACCUGCCUGCUGCGGUGACACACCUGGGCAUCAGAAGCUCCUCUGGUCUCCAGAGUUCCCGGAGUAACCCCUCUAUCCAGGCCACGCUCAAUAAGACAGCGCUUUCGUCUUCCUUCAACAGCCACCCACAGACGUCUGCCUCCAACGCCUCCGCUCUUCACCCUUCACUCCGGCUCUUUUCCCUCAGCAACCCCUCACUGCCCACCACACACCUCAGCGGCCCCUCUCGGCGCAGGCAGCCUCCCGUCAGCCCUCUCACGCUUUCCCCUGGUCCUGAAGCGCACCAGGGUUUCAGCAGACAGCUCUCCUCGACCAGCCCACUGAACCCCUACCCUGCCUCACAGAUGGUGUCAUCAGAUGGAAGCCCACUUUCCUUCCUGUCUGCAGAAGCUCAAGCUCAAGCGUCCCCGCCGCCCCCUUACCCCACACCUCAGGAACUCCCCCAGCCUCUUCUACAGCAGCCUCGCACCCAGGAGUCCACUGUUCAGCAGCCACAGGCAGCCUCAUCACUGCCACAGUCAGACUUCCAGCUCUUCACAGCCCAGGGCUCAUCUUUGACCAGCUUCUUCCCGGAUAUGAGCUUCGACCAGCAGUCCAUGAGGCCAGGGCCAGCCUUUACUCAACAGGUGCCCCUGGUGCAGCAAGGUCUCCGAGAAACACAGGAUUCAUUUCCUUUGAGAUCAAACCUGUAUUCCAACUGCGGGAAUUUCCCAAACACCAUCUUGACAGAAGACUCGAGUUCCAGUCUGUUUAAAGACCUCAGCAGCGCGCUGGCAGGCAUGCCCGAGGUCAGCCUGAACAUGGACACUCCGUUUCCAUUGGAAGAAGAGCUGCAAAUCGAACCCCUUAGCUUGGAUGGACUCAACAUGUUAAGUGACUCCAGCAUGGGCCUGCUUGACCCCUCUGUUGAAGAGACGUUUCGAGCCGACCGACUGUGAACAGAAUGGAGUGGAACAGGAGCCUUUGAAUCUGAAACAGCUAAAAUAGAAUGGAAUAUAAUGGAGCUGCACCCCUGGGCUUUAGUUAUCUCGGGAUUUGGACGCAGAAGGAACCAAUUCCUCGGCUCCUGGCUUCCAGACGAGGUCCUGUCCCAUACACUGUGGCUUAUGCUCACCACAGAGCUGUGCGCUGCCUCUCAGGCCUGUGGUGCAGGUUACGUUGCUGCGGGCAGGCUGCUUCAGAGCUUCCAGUGAGCAGGUCAUCACCGUGACCGUCACAUCUUUUUCUUGGCCAUCGAAUUGGUCAGUGUGUUAAAGUAGAAACCAUCAUGGAAUGGAGGCCCCAGGAGCACUGUGCAGUGCUCAAAACCACUGAUCUCAGUCAACACUGAAGAGAGGACUUGGCCACAGUGGGUGGCAGUUAGGUCUUCGGAAGUUGGCUCAGCAUUGAACAACGGUACCACAGCACCAGCUGCCUUCUCUGAUCCAGUUGUUAGAGCUGGGCACCUGCCGGCUGGUGGCAGGGAUGUUCGGGGCAAAGUGGAGAGCCACAGCUCUCCCAGAUGGCUUCAUUCUAACAUGAAGAAUUGUCACCAUGAGUCUAAGAACAGACUUAAGUUCAGCAAGCUAAAUGCUAAUUUGUUUUCUUUUCCAUUUAUAAUCUCUCUUCUGCUGCUUCAGUUCAACUUUUCCUAUGGACAGAAGGAAAAAGAUUAUUUUAUUCAGUUACUUAAAAAAAGUUCCCUGGUAAUGGACGAGCCUGAAAGGAAAGAACAGUGCUUCUUCUUGGUGGCCGGGGAAGCAAGAAGGGGGCCUGUAGGUCUCUCUCAGACACAUGGCAUCCUUUGGAUAAGCUCUGGACAAACUCCAGACAUGUACAGGCCCCCCUGUCUGCACAUCAGCUGGAAGGAAUGGCCAGAGGCUUGAAUCAGACUCAGCCAGCAGCUGAGCAGCAGCAGAGCCAAGCUCUUUCUCUGUGGAACGGGAGUGAUAAUAUAACUCCACUGGACCAUGAGCUCCUUGAGGGCAGGGACUGUGCCUUAUUCAUCAUUGAACCCCUAGUACCAACAGGUGCCUAGCACUGAGCAGGUGCUGUGUAACUGCAUGUCGAAUGCAUGAAUGAAUGCAUGGAUGGAUGGAUGAAUGAAUGAAUCUGCCUGCUGUAAGGCAGUCUAAUAUUUAGCUAUCUACAUUCCUUGCCAAAUCUUUUCAGAACAUUAGCUUUUCUAACACUUGUGCCUGUGGUUGAGCAUGCACUUUAAUAUGCUUUUAACACUAGGUGACCAAAUCCACCGUUAGACCAGGUACCUUUCCUCGAGAUUAUGGUCCAGCACAGGUAGGUGUAGACCGUCUUCUGGUGCGUACAGAAUGGCUGAGCAAGCUGAGGCCUCCCCAGUGCUAGGGCCUCAGAGGUCCUGGCAGGCCCCAUUUAGAAAGAUCUUUCCUCUCAGAUCUAAAUUGCUUUAAAAUAGAGAUUCAUUCUUUGAGGCGGAAGAAAUUCUGUAGUAAAAUGAACAUCUAAUUCGUGAAGCCAUCAUUAGUCAUUAAUACCUUAACAUAAAAUAAUAUUACCAGAUUUCCACCACUGCCUGCCCCCUCUAACUUAGGCUCGGCCAGCCCCUGAUCAGAAACUUGACAGGUGGGUUUGAAGGGGGCGGAGGAGACAAGGCCUGCCAGGUACCUCUUGGGAGGGGUCCGGGCAAAAUGCGGGCAUGGGAGAUGAGGCGGGGAGGACAGGAACAGUGAGGAGAGGUGAAAGAUGCUAGAACUUUUGCUUGGACAGCCAUUGCUCUUCCAGGAGAGACCAGGAGUAUCCUUGAAGGUCACUAGGCUAUUCCCAGCCUAAAGAAGCAUGGCCAUACUAUGCGGGUCUGAAUCUGACACAUCUGUGCCUUCUGGCAAGAGGAAUCUGUCACAGGAUCCUGCGCUGUUAACCUCUCCAGACCUUGUCCCAUUCUGCUUCUGUCUUCAGAAGGAUUGCCUGCCCUUUGACCUUUCAGCAGCCUUGAUGGUAUACCACUCCAUCUUCUUCUGUGGAACCCAGGUCUUCCCACUUCCUAUCAGCUCCCAAUCCCCACUGUUGAAUUAGGAAAUCAAACCAGAGUCCUUGCUGAGCAUUGGCUCAGGAAGGGGCAGUCGGCCUCCCCUUCUCAGCUUUAUUCCCAGUUGAACGUUCAGGUCCCUUUAUACUUGAGAUCUCUGUGGUGGGGGGGCUGGGGUGACUUUGUUAAAGUAAAGGGCCUUUCCUCGUAAUGGUUCACAGCACCCCAGUGUGCCAGCUCCUUGCUGCCUUUCCUAUGUCCAAGGCCCCUGACAUUUGGUCUAGGAGUGGUGCUGGUGUUGUAAGAGAUUUUUAUUAGAAGUGGAGGUCCCAGCAUAAUGCAUUCUUUGCCUAGUGCCUUACCCAUGGGGAUCAUCAGUGUUGGGGUCCCAGCUCUUUUUCUGCAAGGCAGCCUCGCCUUACAACUGGAGCCCCCGAGACCACAUGAUGAUAUACACUGCUUGGAGGGCUUUCUCCAUGUGAUUCAUGGACAUGGAGGCUUCCAGGAAAAGUGACUUGUUUGGGGGAAUAUAAUGAUGACAGUAAGGUUUAGCACUGAAUUAAAUUUGUCCUUAGGUCCAUCAGUCCGAUCUUUUCCUGUGAAAAGGUUUUGGGCAUUAUACAACCUGCUUUGCUUAGAUGGUAUCAAGGACAACCACGGACAGGUGUCGCUCUGACCUUUGGCGGGUAAGUCUGCACUCACUGCUGCCUUUGCAACAAACCAGGCAUGGUCCUUGGCCUCUGAAGUGGCUGCAUACUUUAGAAUAAACUAUUUUCAAUAUUUAGUUUUGUUACAAGGAAUCGAUGGCUGUACAACUCUCAUUUACUAGCAGUUAAACAGCAUAGAAUUAAAAACCUAUCUGUGUUUCCAUUUUUUCUUUCUGUACGGUUGUGGUUUUUAAGAUAGAAGGUGUUAGGAGAAAAUUUUCUUGAUCAUAUCAAGAUGAACAUAAACUCUCCUUUGUCCUGUUUCAUUUCUCUUAUGUCUGCUGUAUAUUACCUGAGCUGAACUGUUGUGUACUCCAGACUAUUUGCAUAUUUGAAGACAUUUCCAAUUCUGAUUCUCGUUGGCUCUUCUGAUUUAUGCACAGAUGGUUCUGAGGGUGUUUCCAUUGCUUCGUGAUGGAACCAUUACAGCAACUCAUCAGACUUCCCGCCAGUGUCCUAACUCCCAGGUCCCCUGUUCAACAAUAUUUAAAGAUUGGAAUUUGUAUAAAGUAGCUUCCAAGUUUUAUAAUGCAUCAUUUUACAUCUUUCGUAAUUAAAAGCACAAUAAGGUUGUAUCUGCA